AUGGCGAACCUGGUGGAGGGUUUAGAUUCCUCUUUGCAGCUUCAGGGUUCGGAGCUUGAAUCUUGCUUUGAAACGGGUAUUGAGGUUCCUGGUAGCUGUGCUGACCAAGCAGUUUUUUUCUUGUCGCUGUUUCAGCCCCAAGAUGAAAUAGAAGUUGAAGAUGGGUUUAAACAGUAUGAUGUGAUUAGUGCAUUAGAUAUGGAAGCUAUGAUGAGUACCAUAAACGCUUGGAUAAAAAACCCAGUCAAGUUUGAACGUUCUCAUGGGAUCAACAACACACUGGAUGCCCCAAUCCUGCACGAUAAGGAGGGAGGAGAUGAAACAGUCCACAUUCUUAUUGUUGAAGGCUUCCUGCUUUACACCUACAGGCCACUGAUUGACGUAUUCCACCAUCGGUACUUUCUUUCCAUUCCAUAUGAAGAGUGUAAGAGGAGAAGGAGUUCAAGGAAUUACACUGUACCAGAUCCACCUGGAUUGUUUGAUGGCCAUGUUUGGCCUAUGUAUGUAAAGCACAGGAAGAUAAUGGAAGAUCUUGGAGUUGAUGUGGUGCACUUGAAUGGAACAAAAUCCAAGGAGGAGCUGUUUAAUGAUGUGUAUGGACAGAUCCAGAAUAAGAUUGAAGAAUUACUUAACAUGCAGAAAUAAGCUGCUGCUGAUGAUUCUUGUGAGUGAAGAUGAUUCCUGUUUGCGCUGCGCUGUCUACCUGACUGCCAUUAAAGUUCCAGCUUCUGUGAAGACUCUCAACUCUUAAAUUCGACUUUGUUCAAUCUUCCCUUGAAACUGAGUUAUAUAUGGUCAUAAUUAAAAAGCACUUCCCCCUUCCCUUGUCUGUCAUUUUAA